GGCGUGGGCGAGGGCGGGGCCGCGGGGUGGGCGCCCCCAGGCCCCUUCCGGCGGCUCAGGGUUGCCGGCUCGGCUUCGGCCGUGACCUUGGACAGCUCCCGCCGGCUCCGGGCCUGUUUUCCCGGCAGCUGGGCGAGGGGGGAAUUGGAGCUGAAGCGCUUUCAUUUGUGAAGGGGACCCAGGAGGGUUGGUGAGGCAGCCCCCGCCAGAGUGUUCUGGCAGGCAGUCCCGUAUAUGCGUUUGUUGGGGGCGGACCUUGCAGAUCAGUCAGGUUCCCAAAGGGGACGGAAUCCAAAAGAGGUUAACUGCGGCGUUGCAGUCGCCUUCAGGGCUUGUUCGAAAGAAAAUGCCAGCGGGGGAGGGGUGUGGCUGGUCCCCAAGAACAGGUGUUAAUCCGAAAGGCGGCGACCGUCUGGGCCAGCCAGCCGAGCCACAGCAGGCGUCCCAAGGAGGGAAGGAGGCCGCGGGUACCUGGGACCGGCUUCCAUUCGCUGCUGUCCGUAAGUUGGGAUGCUAGGGCAUCAAGUGUCCCCGCAAGUCAGAAAUCCUUCCAGCAAUCCGUGUUACCCUGAUAUCUAAGGUGCAGACCUAAAGGAGGCAUAUACCGAAUACCUGAGGAGCGUCCACUAUAUCGCCCAGGUGCUGCUGGAAGAAGUGGAAGCCACCAAAGAAGCUGGGGACCCUGUGCCCCCAGACACAUCGAAGAUGCUGAAGCUGGCUGAGCAGUGUCUGGAGAGGGCCCAGUCGACAGCUGCCAAACUUGGGAAAACACGCCUGAAGCCUUCCAUGCCUGCGGCCGCCCCUGUCCCCUCUCCUACCAGCCGACACCGCCGGGUGUACUCAGACGAGGGGGGGAAGCUGUCUCCAUUUUUGCCUCCUGAAAUCUUCCAGAAGCUUCAGGUGGUAGAGUCGCAAAGCUCUAAGAAGGAGAUGACACCCCUGGAGGAGGCCUCCCUGCAGAAUCAGAAGCUGAAGGCUGCCUAUGAGGCCCGGAUGGCCCGUCUGGACCCCAGCCAGGCCAUGCAGAAGACAUCCCUGACCCUGUCUCUGCAGCGGCAGGUGAUGGAGAACUUGGUGAUCGCUAAAGCCCGGGAGGAGACCCUGCAGAGGAAGAUGGAGGAGCGCCGGCUGCGACUCCAGGAGGCCGCCAACAGGAGGUUCUGCAGUCAAGUGGCCCUGACCCCCGAGGAGCGGGAGCAGCGCGCCCUCUACGCCGCCAUCCUGGAGUACGAGCAAGAUCACGACUGGCCGAAGCACUGGAGGACCAAGCUCAAGAAGAGCCCGGGGGACCUGUCCCUGGUGACCAGCCUGGUCUCCCACCUGCUCAGCGUUCCUGAUCACCCCAUCUCGCAGCUCCUCAAGAAGCUCCAGUGUGCGGUGUACCGGGCGCUGUACCCCAUCGUGAGCAGGGGCGCCGGGGCCACUGCCUCUGCCCCGGGCUGCUGUUCCCUGCCCCCCGACGCCGACGGGCUGCUGGCACCCGGAAGCCGGCGGCUCCGGCCCUCACAGAGCCUCUACUGCAUGCCCUCCCCCGCUGAGCCCAGCCCCGUCCCCCCACCCCCAGAGGGCCCCUCUGACAGCGCCCCCCACAGAGGGGUGGACAGCAGCCCUGCCGGGCCCCCCUCCCCGCUGGCAGAUACCUCACCCCACCUGCCAGGCAAGGACAGCUCCUUUGAGGACCUGGAACAGUUCUUGGCUACUUCUGAGAGGAGGGGCCUGGGCCCUGGGGGGCGGCCUGAGCCGCAGACCCCGGGGGGGAGGAAGGAGCCGUUGCUGGAGCAGCUGAAGGGCGUCGUGCAGGACAUACACGACGCCAUCGACAGGCUGCUCUCGCUGACACUCCUGGCUUUCGAAGGCCUGAACACAGCUGCCUCCAAGGACCGCUGCCUGGCCUGCAUUGAGGAGUCCUUCUUCUCGCCCCUGUGGCCCCUGCUGCUGGCCGUCUACAGGAGUGCCCACCGCCUCCGGGAGGCUGCCCUGAGCAGGAGCAUGGAGCUGUACAGGAACGCAGCGCCUGCAGCCAUCGGUGUCCCCACCAAGCUCCUCCCGCGGGACCCUGAGGCCGUGGGAGCGGGCCCCUACCCCUACUGGGCCGCAGCCCAGGAGCUGGGGCUGCUGGUUCUGGAGACCUGCCCCCAGAAGAAGCUGGAGUGCAUCGUGCGGGCCCUGCGGGUCGUCUGCGCCUGUGCGGAGGACAACUGCCGGGCCCAGGAGGCUGCACCCCAGCCCGGCACAGCCGCCAUCGGGGCCGACGACCUGCUGCCCAUCCUGUCCUUCGUGGCGCUGAGAAGCGGCCUCCCCCAGCUGGUGUCGGAGUGCGCAGCCCUGGAGGAGUUCAUCCACGAGAGGUACCUGAUCGGCGAGGAGGGCUACUGCCUGACGUCGCUGCAGAGCGCCCUGAGCUACUUGGAGCUGCUGCCCCGGGGGGCCCUGGGACGGAGCUGAGCGGUCAGCGCCAGGAGCCAGGCCCUUCUCUUUACUGCCCCAAGCCGGGAGAGGCCCCGGGCAGGGAGACGGGACUCUCUCGGGACCUGCACACUCGCCCGGCUCAGCGCAAGGACAGAGGAGGCCUGUCUUAUCUGAGUCAAGAAGGGAGCCCGUUACCACCUCCGAGGCCCGGGACCCAGGGGGGUGGAGACUGCGGUUUGUUUAUUUAUUGGCCACUGACUACUCUGCUCCGUCCUAGAGGCCUGCCUGUGCCCAGGGCGCCUGCCAGGCCUGGGGGCUCUGAGCCACACUCCCACCCUUGGUGGUGGGCACCAGACCUCCUGAGACCCCUGGCCAUUCCCCACGGUGACUCACCCCUUGUGGGGUCAGCGCCUGCCUGUAGCCCAUGGCCCGCCCACUGACUGUCCCGGGCAGCCGCCAAUCCAGCGGCAAAUAAAGAAGUCACUCACCA